AGUUAUCCUGCUAGCUGCAAUUCUGUUUCACAGGUUUUGAAGAGGAAGGAGUUGACUGUAUUGAAGCACUUGAUUGGUUGACGAGCUCUAACCUCUAUACUGUAAUAGUCAGUUCCCUCUCUGAACUGCAUGACAUUCUCAGCACACCAGAUCCAAACUCCUGGCUUUCUGGACACUCACUUAUCAGUGCAGCCAGGAACUCCUUUUCAAAACUGAUGGACAAUCUGAGCGUAUUGAUGGAGACAGUUCAAGGGAACCCUUGUGGUUGCAGAGCUUACCUGGAGAGGGACUCCCUGAUACAGAGGCUGGCUUGUGGACUUCACAGAGUGAAUGCCCAGGCCCUGGAAGCUGGAUUUUAUGACAGACUGCCCAGCACAAGAAACAUAGCAAUCUUGCAGCAAGAAGUAUUUAAAUUAUCACGAAGGCUUCAUACAGCAGAGGUAGAGUCCCACUCACUGCACCUACAGCUUGCAGAAUUCAAAUGGACUUUCAAUGAGAUGCAGAAGGAUGCUGAAAAAGCCCACAGACUUCAAGAGCAGUUAAAUGCACUUCAAAAUAAAAUAAUCACCCAAGACAAUAUACGUGACGAGCUGGAUAAAGCUUUGCAGCGUGAGCAUGAGGCAAGAUUGCUUUUACAAGAACACCAGCAACGGCUUCAGGAGUUAAGUGAUAGACUAGAAUUGCACACACGUGCAGACCCAGAUAGAAACCAAGUCUCAAAGGCGUCUCUGAUGAGCCUCCAUGAUGCCACAGAGGAGCUGAGAAGAGACCAAGUCCUGAAUCACCAGAAGAGUCUCCUGAAAGACAUAGAGCAGGACCGGCAGCGGCUGCAUGAGACUCUCCAGGAGGCAGAACAUGCCCUCCAACAGGCAGCAAAAGACAAAGAGUUGAUGAUUAAUCAUAUGAAAGCUGUUGAUGCCACCCUGAAUGCGAUCAAAGAUCAGGCCACGGCAUCAGGUGCUGCAGCAGCCACGCUACUCCCCAGCCUGAAGUUUGAGACCCUUUCAGAGGAAACAGUGAGCAGCAGGCCAGAGGUUAUAGCAUUCCAGAAUGUGCUUAAAAGUUUUAUGGAGCUCUACUCACUGGCAUCUGCCAGACAUGAAGCAUUAACAACAGGAAGAGAAUCUUCAGGGGUUCACAUUAAACCUGAAGCAGCUGUUACACCUCCUGCUCCUCCUUCUAAAGAACCUUUUUGGCGUCGUAUUGGGCGCCAACUAGCCAAAACACCUCCUGCUCAUGCUCGUGACAGUAAUGAAUCUGUUGGGCCUCGCUUUGUGCCCAAAGGAGAUGCUGCACCUCAUGAUCCUGAAAGCAAUGAUAUUUUCCAACCUCGUGUUUCACCCCAAGCAAGUGUUACUGCUCCUGCUACUCCUGCUCCUACUCUGUCUCCCAAAGAUAUUUUUCAGCCUCACCUUUCACCUCAAGCAUCCAGUAUACCAGCUUCUCAUACUCCUGCUUCUGGUGAAUCUUUCCAGCUUCCCUCUGUACCCCAAGGAACCUGUACACCUCGUGGUCCUGCUCCUGGUGGAUCUUUUCAGCUUCCGUUUGUACCCCGAGGAACCGGUACACCUCGUGGCCCUGCUCCUGAUGGAUCUUUUCAGCUUCCCUCUGUACCCCGAGGAACCAGGACACCUCGUGGUCCUGCUCCUGGUGGAUCUUUUCAGCUUCCCUCUGUACCCCGAGGAACCGGUACACCUCGUGGCCCUGCUCCUGAUGAAUCUUUUCAGCUUCCCGCUGUACCCCAAGGAACCUGUACACCUCGUGGUCCUGCUCCUGGUGGAUCUUUUCAGCUUCCGUUUGUACCCCGAGGAACCGGUACACCUCGUGGCCCUGCUCCUGAUGCACAUAGGGGAGAGCCUAGACAAAGAACCUACAUUUUGUCUGGACCCGACACAACCCCUGGUGUGUCAUCCUACAGGACCUACAUUUUUUCUGGAAGCCCUGGUGUGUCAACCUACAAAACCUACACUGUGACUGGAACCAACACAACCCCUGGAUCUUUCAGGCUUCCCUCUGUACCCCAAGGAACCCGUACACCUCGUGGCCCUGCUCCUGAUGCACAUAGGGGAGAGCCUAGAAAAAGAACCUAUAUUUUGUCUGGACCCGACACAACCCCUGGUGUGCCACCCUACAGGACCUACAUUUUUUCUGGAACCCCUGGAUCUUUCUGGCUUCCAUUUGUACCCCAAGGAACCUGUACACCUCGUGGUCCUGCUCCUGAUGAAUCUUUGCAGGUUCACUUUGAACUUGAAGCAGCCACUUCACCUCCUGCUCCUGCUGCUGCUCCUGCUUCUCCUCAUGAUGACUCUUUUCGGCGUCACAUUGAACCCGAAGCAUACAGUACACAUCCUGCUCCUGCUCCUGAUGACUCUUUUUGGCUUCCUGUUUUACCACAAGCAGCUCGUCCACCUCCUGCUCAUGCUCAUGAUGAACCUUUUUGGUGUCGCAUUGGACACCAUCUAGCCAAAACACCUCCUGCUCAUGCUCGUGACAGUAAUGAAUCUGUUGGGCCUCGCUUUGUGCCCAAAGGAGCUGCUGCACUUCAUGAUCCUGAAAGCCAUGAUAUUUUCCAACCUCGUGUUUCACCCCAAGCAAGUGUUACUGCUCCUGCUACUCCUGCUCCUACUCUGUCUCCCGCUGAUAUUUUUCAACCUCGUGUUUCACCCCAAGCAAGUGUUACUGCUCCUGCUACUCCUGCUCCUACUCUGUCUCCCGCUGCACAAUGGAGAGAGCCUAGACAUCGACAUUUUAGCUGUGCACCAGAAAGUCAGCUUGACCAGAAUUAUGGCCAAGAUUUCUGGCUGCUGCAACCUGAAACUGACCUAUCCUCUGAUGUGAUAUGCCACAGUACUCACACUGUGUCUGGAAGCAACACAACGGCCGGUGUGAGACCUGACAGAAACUACACUUUGUCUGCAUCCAACAUACCUUCCAGUGUGGUUACUGGCAGAAACUACAGUAUGUCUGAAACCAACAUACCCUCCAGUGUGACACCAGGCAGAACAGGUUUUGGGUCAUCAAUGGACAUAUCCUCUCACGUGAUACCUGGCAGAAACUACAGUAUGUCUGGAAUCAACAUACCCUCCAUUGUGACACCAGGCAGUACAGGUUUUGGGUCAUCAAUGGACAUAUCCUCCCACAUGAGACCCAUCAGAACUUACAGUACGUCUGAAACCAACAUACCCUCCAGUGUGACACCAGGCAGUACAGGUUUUGGGUCAUCAAUGGACAUAUCCUCUCACAUGAGACCCAUCAGAACUUACAGUAUGUCUGAAACCAACAUACCCUCCAGUGUGACACCAGGCAGUACAAGUUUUGGGUCAUCAAUGGACAUAUCCUCCCAUAUGAGACCCAUCAGAACUUACCGUGUGUCUUCAGCCAACACAUCCAAUGUGACACCCAGCAGAAGAGGCAUUGGGUCAUCACUGGAUACAUUCAUCAACCUAAUACCAACCACAACCGAUACUGGGUCAUCAAUGGAUGCAUCCUCACGCAUGACACAAAGUAGAACUUUUACCGUGUCUUCAGUCAACAUGCCCUCCAGACUUACAGAGAACAGAACUGGUACUGGGUCUUCAGUCAACACAUCCUUCCAUUUCAGACCACACAGAACCAGUUCUUUGCCUUCAGUCAGAUCUUCCAGCCAGGACGAAUCCAGCACCAGAAGAAAUCAGGGAAUUUAAUUAUUGGAGUCCUGGUCAUGUCAGUUUUCUUAAGCAAUAUCCUAGCUUCUCUUCAGAAGCAAAAACCCCAGCAAGUAAAAAGAACUAAUUAAAGUACAGUUUGUAUUGCACCUUUGUAUUGUA